ACUUCUCUUCACAAUUCCAACAACCAAAUCUCUUCCUCUCUAGCAAUGGCGGAUAAGGCAAUGGCAGAUGAGAACGGGAAGCAAACAGAGAGGGAGACCACACUGAGCCGUCUGUUCAAAUCGAAAAUGGCGGCUCAGUUACUAAUCUCACUGAGAUUGGCAGCUCUCGUAGCCACCUCCACGGCUGCAGGGCUCAUGGCAUUCAACAAGGAGACGAUAACAGUGACAGUGGCCGUGGUGGGCACCAAGCCCAUCCUCCAGUCCUUCACCGCGGCAUUUCAGCAAACACCUGCCUUCGUAUACUUUGUGGUUGUUAAUGCGAUAGCGAGCUUGUAUAACCUACUGGCGAUGCUGCUCGGGCCGUACUUAAAGAACAGAGGACGUGAUGUACUGGUGCAUCUUUCAGACAUGGCGGUGUUUGCUUUGGUGGCGACUGGAGCAGCAGCUGCAGCCUCCAUGGCGGAGUUGGGGAAGAAUGGGAACAAGUACGCGCGGUGGAAUCCAAUCUGCGACAGAUUCGAGGCCUUUUGUAUUCGUGGAGGGGUGGCUCUUGUUGCUGCCUUCGUCGGAGCUGUGCUGCUCUUGGUCAUGAAUGCUUUCACCGCCAUUAGUUUGAUGUGUAAGAGUGUGGCAAGCAACAAUUAGACCCUCGAUCGUCAAAAAAAUUAUGGGCAUGUGUUUGUUGUCGUGUGUAAGCGUUUCGUAAAAACUAAAUUUUAAUUAAGAUUUAAUUGAAUGUUAAAAAGUUAAUUUGUUCA